GUUUAAACCAAAACGCAGCGUUUAACGGCAAAAGCGUCCAGAAGUGUUUAUUUGAACCCGAAGCGGUUAUCAUCUCUUUGUGGUUCUUUUCUUGGGUCCUGUCCUCUGGCGAUUGGAGAUUCUGAAACCCUAAUCUGAUAAUUUCAAUUCGUCUUCCGUGAAGCGACAUGGCUCGUACCAAGCAAACCGCUCGCAAAUCCACCGGUGGAAAGGCUCCAAGGAAGCAGCUCGCAACCAAGGCUGCAAGGAAGUCUGCACCAACCACUGGUGGAGUCAAGAAACCCCAUCGAUACCGCCCUGGAACUGUUGCUCUCCGUGAAAUUCGUAAGUAUCAGAAGAGUACUGAGCUCUUGAUCAGGAAGCUGCCCUUCCAACGUCUUGUUCGUGAAAUUGCACAAGACUUCAAGACUGAUUUGAGGUUCCAGAGCCAUGCUGUACUUGCUCUUCAGGAAGCUGCUGAAGCUUAUCUUGUUGGAUUGUUUGAGGAUACCAAUCUCUGUGCUAUCCAUGCUAAGAGGGUGACCAUUAUGCCCAAGGACAUCCAGCUUGCUAGACGUAUUCGUGGUGAAAGGGCUUAAUUGUAGUAUGUGUUUCGUCAAUAGAAAGAACGAAAAAAAUAUUAUCUUUGUUAUGUUCAUUUAGGUUUAUAUAAUGCUAUGCACUUAUAAGCUGCUAUGUGAUUCAGACUUGAACUGCUGUAUUCUGUUGGUGUUGGUAUUCUGUAUGGUGAAACUUUAAAAUUGUACUACUGUUUCUUAUUGAUAUACCUAUGUUUGUUA